CCAAACUCUAUCUCCUUCAUUCUCCACUCUCCCCACCAACGACCUCCAUCGCCAUCCACACCACCGACCUCCAUCUGCACUACCCACCGCCACCACACUCAGUCACCUCUAUCAUCUCAUCUUUCAACCCAUUCAGAAACUCUAGUUUAUCUCUCAAGGUAAGUUUUUUUUCCUCGGCUAAGACGUUAGAAGGUUGAAAGGGCAAAUUGGAAAAGACUUGAAUACUUCGAGAAAAUAGCACCCGACAAGAAUGAUCAUUCUGUUUAUUCUCCAAGAAGAAGACAGCUCGUAUGUUCUUACUGCACGUAUGCCAAAAUGAAGUUUUGAGUAGUGUUUUGUAUUAUACUACUUGGCUCUAUUUUGUUGCUUGUUCCAUGCCUGUUUAAGUGGUUCUGUUUUCUUUCUUGAUUUUUAGCGCAUGAAUAAGAAUGCAUGGGCUUACUUGACUGUCAUUGACUAUCUUGUAUGGGUGAAAAAUUGAGAAGGGGCGACAAUCCUUCUCUGAUCUAUGAGAAGGGUGGAAAAUUCUUGCUUGAAACUUUCACAAUUGUUGCAUCACUUGUAUUUCCCUUUGCAACUUAAUUGACGAAAACCCAAUGGAUGGGCUAACCAGUUUCACUCCCCUUCCUGCUAAAACUCGCUUCAAACCCCCUCCACCUCUCCUCCAUCUUCACUCCUUCCCCACACAUUCUCCCCAAAUACCCAACAAAUACCAUUACAACAACAAUGGAAAACAGUACAAGUUUCCACCCAUAAGAGAAAACAAACCCACAUUCAAGGAAUCAGAUGCAUUCCCAUCGUCCCUACCACUCCACGCCAGAAACCCAACUGCCAUUUACAGAGACCUUAAAAGACUAGCAGAGGAAAACAAGCUGAAUGACGCCCUGUCAAUCUUGAAAUACUUGGACAGUAAAGGCGUGCCCGUUAACCCCACCACGUUCUCUUCCCUCAUCGCCGCUUCUGUCCGUUCCAAGUCUUUAACCUUUGGUAGAAUGAUUCACACGUAUAUCAGGAUUAACGGGCUUGAAAAGAACGAGUUUUUAUGCACCAAGCUUGUUAACAUGUACACGUCUUGUGGGUCUGUUGAGGAUGCGAACAAGGUGUUCGAUGAAAUGCCUAGCUCGAGCGUGUACCCAUGGAAUGCGUUGCUUAGGGGUAAUGUGGUUCAUGGGAAGAAGCAGUAUGGUGAGGUACUGCAUACGUUUUCGAAGAUGCGGAAGUUGGGUAUUGAGUUGAAUGUGUAUAGCUUUUCUUGUUUGAUGAAGAGUUUCGCAGGUGCUUCCGCAGUUGGGCAAGGUUUAAAGGCUCAUGCCCUUUUGGUAAAGAAUGGGUUGUUGGAGAGUUCCAUCCUUCAGACGUGUUUGAUUGAUGUGUACUUUAAGUGUGGGAAGAUAAAGCUUGCGCGGCGCAUGUUUGAGGAGAUUGUGGAGAGGGAUAUUGUUGUGUGGGGGACAAUGAUUGCGGGUUUCGCUCAUAAUAGGCUGCAGAGGGAAGCGAUAGAGUACGUGAGGUGGAUGUGUCUGGAAGGGUUGGAUCCGAAUUCGGUUAUACUGACUACAAUUCUUCCCGUGAUUGGGGAAGUGGGGGCUUGGGAACUUGGCAGGGAAGUUCAUGCUUAUGUUCUCAAGACUAAGAGCUAUUCAAAGCAGUUGUUUAUUCAAUCUGCUUUGAUUGACAUGUACUGCAAGUGUGGGGACUUGGUUUCGGGGAGGCAGGUUUUCUAUGGCUCAAUGGAGAGGAAUGCUGUUUCAUGGACUGCAUUGAUGGCCGGUUACGCCUCAAAUGGGAGGCUUGAACAGGCUUUAAGGUCCAUUGUCUGGAUGCAGCAAGAAGGAUUCAAGCCUGAUAUUGUCACAUUUGCGACUGUACUUCCUGUUUGUGCAAAAUUGAAGGCUUUGAGGCAAGGGAAGGAGAUUCAUAGUUUUGUUUUGAAGAAUGGUUUUCUCCCCUACAUAUCCGUGGUUACUUCCCUUAUGAUGAUGUACUCAAAAUGCGGUGUCUUGGAAUAUUCUUCUAGACUAUUUCAAGGCACGGAGAAGAAAAACGUGAUUGCCUGGACGGCCAUGAUCGAUUCCCAUGUAGAAAGUGGGCACCCGGAGGAAGCACUCAAUGUGUUUCGGUCUAUGCAGUUGUCAAAGCACCGCCCUGACUCUGUUGCAAUCUCAAGGAUGUUGAGUGUUUGUGGGAAACUUAGAGUAAUGAAACUAGGGAAGGAAAUUCAUGGACAGGUGUUGAAGAAAGAUUUAGGCUCAAUCCCAUUUGUGUCUUCUGAAAUUGUGAAGAUGUAUGGUGUUUGUGGAGCAAAUGACAAAGCAAAAUUGUUUUUUGAUGCAAUCCCUGUCAAGGGAGUAAUGACAUGGACAUCCCUUAUAGAGGCUUAUGGAUAUAACUACCGUUUCGAAGAGGCAAUGAGUGUUUUUAAAGCGAUGAGGUCCGGUGGUUUCUCUCCGAAUCAUCAUACUUUCAAAGCACUUCUAUGCAUUUGUGAGAGAGCUGGAUUUGCAGAUGAAGCUUGCCACAUCUUCAAGUUAAUGACUCGAAGAUAUGAUGUUAAACCAUCUGAAGAUCAUUACUCAAGCAUCAUCGGACUGCUCAACCGUGUGGGUCGCAUUGAGGAAGCUCAAAGAUAUGCUCAGUUGAGAUCAUCAAUGUCAUCGUGAAAAGAAGGUAUUCUGGUCAUUGUGCAUUGAACUUGAGAACUUGAGCAAUCGGUCAUUGCUCUGGUGAUGUAUAGGGACAAUCUAAGCCAUAAGUCCUUUUUCUGUGAAGGAUCUUCUCUUUGUAGAAAAUACUAGGAUGAUUCUGAAAAUUUUCUGAGAAAUGUUGUAUGAAACUAUCAUUAACUCAGUUAGAUACGAUACGAAUCAUGCAGCCAACUAGAAGAUAUGUUGAAACCAAGUGUCCACAAUCAGUUAGAAAAAAUUGAAUUUUUUUUGGGUCCCUUUCUUUGAUGAAAAUACGAUCCAUUACGGUCCACAAUAAGUUAGAAAAAAACAAAACGGUCUACUAAGCUAGGAAAGGAAUGGUCAAUGCAUUUCUUUUUGUGGCUAUGCUUAUGUUCCGAUAAAAAUUGCUUUAUCGAAUAGAUAUUGAAAUGAUUUGGUAUUCACUUACAUCUCUUCAUCACAUUGAGGGGAGUGUUCGAUAUACAUUGCUGGACUCAUUUCCUAUUAGUGCAAUUAGUGAUCAAACUUUUAAUUGCAGAGUCUUCCUUACAAUAUGCAUUCUAUUUCUUUCCCCAUUUCAGAGCUCUAUGCAUUAUCCACUAAAACAAAUUCUUCGCCUUCAUGCUCUCAUGUUUCCAUAUCAAUUAGCUAUCUAAAUAAGAGUGUGAAUGGUAUUAGCAUUAUCACGACUCUGUUACUAGAGGUGCUGGUCAAUGACUCUGAGAUUGCAUGACGCAUUCAAGUAUUAUCUUGUAAUUCAUUCUAGGAAAUCCAAAUUUGAUAUUGGCUUUGGUGGCAAACAAGUCUGAAUUGGAAACAGAAAGAGAGGUGGAUUCUGAGGUAAGGGGUGCAUCACAUGAGAUUAAUAGCAAAAAAAUUCAUCUUGAGAAUGUUUCAGCUCUUGUGGUACACAGGUUAAGACAUAGAAGUAAACCCCCCACUCGACAUUCUUUUUUGUUGAUGUGUGCUAUUUUUGCUUGAGAGAUGCUUUUAUUGGUGUCCCUCACUGUAAGUGACCUGCUCUGCCCUUCUUUAUGGUUCUUCUUUGAUACCUUCUUGUUCUUGUGGGGAUGGAUGCGAGACAAAAUGCCUAUUUCACAAAUCUUUUACAGGAUGGUGCGAUCCUUGAAGAUCAUCUUUCAAAGGAUUGGGUGUGAAAUGGUAAAUAUUAGUUCGUGGCUUGGUGUUCUUGUAAUAUUUGGUUUAUUACUGAGAACCUUCUUCUUCUGUUUUUUUUUAAAAUAACUAUGGGUUGUUUCUAUUGGUUUGUGCUGUAAAUGAUGGGGAGUUUUCCUUCUUUCAAGUUGCACACCUUGUUUCUAUGGUAUGCAUUUGCAGCAGAUGAUGGGGAUGGGGAUUUCUCUUCUCAACUUGGAAGAGAAUAGAAUUUCUACUGCUGUUGCUAUUAUGGAUGUGCAUUUAUAGGAGUGAAUUUCUACCUUUUAAUGCUGCAACGGAGGUGUUUCAAUAUCAAAAGUAGGCUACUUUUGUCCAUGGCCAAUUUUGUGCCUUGGCCUUUUUUUUUUUUUUUAAACUGCAAAAAGCAAAUUUUAUUAAUACCCAAAGAACAGUACAAAAAUGGGAGAGGGAAAGCGUCUUCACAACGAGCGAGUGACAUCCCAACUAUGUUGGCACCCCAUACGAUUGACAAUCAUAUGCCAACCCAACACCCAAAAGAAUAUACACCCAUAUACGGUUGGCAAGGUUCCAACCGUAUAGAUCAUACAUCACAACAGAUUACAAGGGAAAUUAGUUACACCAUUACAGAUCAAAACACCAAUACAAGACAACAACAGAAUAAUUGCACAGGUGCAUAACUGUGAUUACAUAGGUGAUUUGUGGCUCCAAAACUGAAAGCUCUGCAUUUAUCAACCAUCAGCAUCCAAUUCCUCUGAGAAGAUGUGAACCAGGAAAAGAAGGUGGCUGGUAUUCCUUCAAAUGAAGCAGCAAAAACUGGAAGCAGCAGAAUUCCAGGAAAAGGAGGCCAAAUGACUGUGUUUCCUCCAAGAAAAGGCAGCAUCAGAUCCCAAAUGCAUUUCAAGACCAAGGUGAAUUCCCUCAUAAGUGGAGCUGGAAUAUCUGAAAGGCCCAGAAAUGAGCCUCAACCAUGAAAGAAACAGCUCAAAAAGCUGAAAUGAACCCAGAGUAUAGGCAUCAUGACAGCAACAAUACCGAAAUGCAGCAGACCACCCAACAAGGUGCAGGUACAGACUGAAUCCCAAACCCAGCCAGACCCCAAAAAAGAGGGAGACAACAGACCCCAAAAAGCCAUCUGAUAAUCACCCCAAGCUCAAAAACCAACCCCAGAACAACCACCCAGCGUGCUUCCCAGCCCAACCCAAGAAUAAAAGACCAAUAACCAAGAAUUUUCUGCUGCUACAUUAGUUUCUUCACAGGGGGAUAAUGUCAACAUUAGUAUUAACUCCUGUAUUGUUGUGGGCUUUUCAUAAUAAAACUGCUGCUGCUACUUUUAUAAUGGGGCGUUCUGUUUUUUGGGAGUCUUGUUUUUGGCAAGCCAAAGAAACCAAAAACAAA